AUGGUCGAUAGAAUAUCCCAACUGCCAAUACCUAUACUUCACCACAUACUCUGUUCCCUCUCCCAGAAAGAAGCUGUCCGAACAUGUCUACUCUCCAAACAAUGGCGCCACCUCGGAUCAACCCGCCCCAAACUUGACUUCUCCGAAGUAUGGUUCGUCAACACCCAACAGACCUUUGUCUCCGUACUCGACCGAACCCUACAAGGAUACCUUGAUCAAGACCUCUUCAUACACAAACUCCAUCUCGACUUAUUGAGGCCCGAACCAGUUGUCUCCCUUCUCGACAAAUGGAUCCAGAUAUUAGCCCUCAAAAUAAAAGUGUUCAAACUCAUCUUUCUUUCAUAUUCUGCGGCGUAUUACGAACUGCCCUCGGCAGUCUUCUUAGCCGAGUCCCUCGAAGAACUACACUUGUGCCAAUGCAUGGUGAGCUCGGUCGAGAGCGUGCGGUUCAAACAGAUGCGCACUCUCACCCUCGAACGGGUCCUCAUUAAUGACGUGACUUUAGAGAAGAUAAUGUUGGGCUGCCCUUUGCUCGGGCGGAUGGCCCUUUUUAGUUGUCGGGAGAUAAGAAACGUUAGACUGGUGAGCGAGGCAGCAUCCUGUGGGCUCAAGCACUUUGAAUUGGAGAAUUUUGAUUGGAUCGAAGGGCGUAGCAUCGAAAUUGAUGUCCCGAAUCUCGAGACGGUCCGCAUCGAUGGUCCAUGGAUUUGGUGUCACCGCCAAAGCGCAUUCUUGUUCUCUCGUCUCACGAGUUUGGAUCUCCGUAACGUGAUCCUGUCGAGCGAGUCGUUUGACUUGUUAUCAUUCGGCUGCCCGACUCUUGAGAGCUUGACCAUAUAUAAUUGUUCCGGUUUCGAGGAAUUUCAUCUUGCAAGUGAUUCGGUCAAGUACUUGCACAUCUCGACAAGAGAUAUACCAAUUAAAGGAGCUACGAUUUCUGCCCCCAACAUUCUCAAAUUUUUGUUCUGUAUUCGGCAAGUGCCGGACACAUUCUCUUUCACGACCACAACUUCCAAGGAGUGGGAUUCAAAUAUAUUCCUCUCUUCUUCACGUGAGGAUGAUCCCGAUUUCGACAUCAAUUGGUGGUUCCUUGGGCUGAGACGAUUGCUCAAGCCACUAAGUGGGUCUCAGAUUUUUCUGUCUCUGCGGAUGGACGGCGGUCCUCAGGACGUGCCCUGUAGUGCUUUUCUCAGUGACGAGCCGCCUGUGGUGGUGCGGGACUUGAAAUUUGAAACUUGUGAUUGGUGCAUGCCGUCUUGGUACAUGGGGUUUACAAAUGGCUUGUUUCGUGUUUGUCGACCGAGUCACGUUUUGGGUAGUAGCCUCGCGAUGGAGUUAGUGCCCUCGGGCUUUCAGUUAAACAUCUUGCUUGCAAACGAGGGUCAAGUCAGAACCGGGCCCAACUUUUGGGGGCACGAUUUGGAGCAAGUGUUUGUGGAAACUUUCGACGGGCAACAAUGGCAGAUCAUUCGUCCGAGGGAGUUGCGAAACCAAAAGCAAGACGGGAAAAUUCGCCUUAGAUUGAAAUGGAGAUGUCAAGAUGGGGGAGUUGCGAAACCGAACUACAACAUAUUUUCAUCUUUUUUAUCUUUUUUGGGUUUUACAACAAAUUCGCCUUAG